GUUAAGUAAUUGGAGUAGUCAAAAAGUCAAAAGCAAAAGUAAUGGUAAAUAAAAGAGGAAGUAUGUACCACUACCUGGUAUGGGAUAUGCCCAACCCAUACCAUAAUAAAAAAUUAAUUUUUGCAAUUUUUUUAAAGCUAAAAAGAAAAAAAAUAAGUAAAAGUGACAGGAGGGGGUAAAAGGCUGAAACCCGCUAAAUUGAAUCCAACUCGCGCGAAAGGUAUUACGAAGGCCGGAAAACCGCUUAAACUAUAUCCAAGAAAAACAGAGUAGAUCUGGCUCCGCAACCUGUCAACUGUAUGAAGAAGAGAUCGUUCUUCUCAAUUUUAGGGUUUAUUUUUGUUAAUUGAAACAUUAUGAGUGAAUUGGUUGGGUUAUAAUUACUCCUUUUGAGUAGUAUAAGUGGAUUUUCGUAUCAGUGGGUUUUGGUAGUGUUGUUUUCAAUUUCUUCGUAGUUUUUUUGAAGUAUCUAUGUAAUUUGUGUUGGAGCUAUUGAGUAUUGUAAUGCCCGGUGCGAAGCAUAGGUGGUGUUUGUGGCAUAUUCUUAACAAGAUCGGCACCAAAUUGGGAAAGUAUUCGAAGUAUGAAGAAUUCCAUGACGUUCUGCUUAAUGUCAUAUAUGACAAUUUGACCGAAGAAGAAUUUGAGGUUAAUUGGACCCUAGCAAUGGAGUCAUAUGGUCUUGCAAAUGACGACUGGCUUACAGAAGUUUUUGAGAACAAUCAAGUGGAAUACAACUCUUUCAAGGCCGCAAUUUGUACGAUCAACGGAGUAGACAUUACCAAUCAUCCAGAUUUGAUGAAUCGUCCACCGUAUAGCAAAGAUGGCUUUCCUUCCGCUUAUGUCGAUAACAUGUCCAAUGCUGUUCUAACCUAUGCUGAGAAAGUAGACGACGGUUGGUGUCGCGGGUCUUCUGCCUCCGAGGUUGAAGGAGAUUCCAGUGAUGAUGGUAAGGAUUGGUGUCGUAGUUCUUCCACAUCUGAGGUUGAGAUCAGAGGUGAUUACAGUGAUGAUGAUGAUGAUGAUUUCUGAGAUUUGAUGAGUCAUCCAUCUUAGCAAAUAUGGGUUUCCUUAUUGUCUUUGUUUGGUAUCCAAUCUAGUAAAAUUGUUAAUUAUAGCAUUUUAUGUUAAGAUCUGCUAAUUAUGUCAUUAUUAAUGUAAUAUUAAUCUAAUA